UUAUUGGAAAAGUGGCUUGAGGGUUAACAAAUCCUACAUGUUUUUAUUUACAUGUAAUAGUCUUGUUGUAAUUUUAAUAGCUGUAAAUUGAUUCUGAAAAUCGUUUCGUGGAGAGUCAAGUCUUUGCAUUUGCGUGAUUUAAGAGCUGUGUUAUUAUUAACUUUAAGAUCUUCAAAACGAUCAAGAAUUGCUUUAUUUUUAGGGAGGCUUAGAGACAAGAGAUGAAAUGUGCUUGGACUUUCUGUUUUACUAUCCACGAAUUAAAGAUUUCCGAUACUGUACCAGCACCCUGUAUGAACCUUCGCUGAAGCUCAUUGAAAAGUACUUGUAAGUAUUUCAAUAUUUUGUUCCAACAGUUGGUGCGAAAACAGCAGCCUUGAAAGUUUUCCAACAUUGUAAAUCAUUUCCAGUUUUUUCCUUUAAAAAUGGCCUCUUGUUUCAACUGGCGAAAUGAAGCGCAACUCCAAAUGAAUUGUUUGAACAGCUUUUGUCCCAGAGGCGUCAAAAAAUCACCGAUCUUCUUAGGCCCGAUUCAGACGCCGAACUUUUCAUGAGCCGAACCUAACACAUUGAAUUAAGAACAUGAAAAAUUCGGCGUCUGAGUCAAUUAGGAGCACCUAUUUCGAUUUGGAACGGCUCAGCCGUUCUUUCUGCCUGACCCCGCCGAGAAUUUCGGCUUUGGAGCGACUUUGGAACGGCUUUGAUUCAGAACCGAACCGCACUUUUCACGUACCGAAUUAAUGCUUAAAUAAUUAUUUUACAAGCAGUUUGACCGAAAUGAGCAUUUUUGUCCUUCAGAAUUUGUUUUUGGGUGGAAUUAAGAUGGGCGCCUGAAUCAAUUCAGCCGAUCUAAAUAAAUUGGGUGGGCCUUAUAGGAAAUUAGGCUUGGCUCAUGAACUGAAGUUCAGCGUCUGAACCGGGCCUUAGUCUACAACAUUUUAAAAUAGUCUGAAUUUUACAAUCACCCUUGUCCUUAAACUCGAUAGUUUCAAAAACAGUUUAAAAGGAAACAAAAUACAAAACAACUUGCCCUAAAUUCACGCUAUUUGAAGGCUAAAUCUGGGCAAUCGAACAUCCUUUUUGAUCAUGAGCCAAUCCGCGCUUUAUAAGCAUUUUUUUAAUGUAAACAAUGUGUACGUGUCCAUCGAGCUUGGUUUAUUUCAAAUAAUUCGAGACCAAUUUCAGGUUACACUUUUAAAAAAAUUCCGCCCACAAAUCGUUCGAUGCAUUAGGAUGCUCAUUUUUUUUUUUAAAAGCCGCUUUGAAAAUUUUGAGGUUUACUUCGUCGAAACUUUACCUUUCAUCUUCAAUCCUCAUUUCUCGUUCACAAAAGCGCCUACACCCUCAUCUCGGCUUCUCCUUUUCGGCGUCCUGAAUGAGUAGAAGACCAUUUUCGCUCACAUCAGUACAUCUGAAUUUUCAGGUUUUGCUGUUGUCUUAGAUAGGGACUUACCAUACUAUUUGUCUGCCAUUUUUAGUCCACAGGUGAAGGUCACCAACCGCUACCGAAACCCAAUUGCAAGUAUGAACGUUGAUUGGACGAAUGAAAUGGUGAAUGAUUUGAAAAAGUAUGAAAGCGAGGCUGACACGUUUAUUCCUAGAUGUUUGAGCAAAAACAUAACCUCUAUCAAGGUGAGUGCAUCAUGUAAACCUUCAUCUCCCCAGGACUCUCAUAUCAUAGGUAGUGGGAUCUUGCUCAUCGCGAAAUUUUAAUUGCACCCCCUGUAGGACGAGAAGACCAGUCUGGGCGAAGACCAGGGUUAGCAAUUUCCGUCUAGUCGGAACCGCUUUCUUCGGGGAUUUCCGCAAGCCAAAUUUAAGACAGACAUUUCCACGUAAAACAAUUUAAACUCGUCGACGAAAAAUAUAUAGUGAUACUAAGCUCGCACGUCACGUUGCUUGCUGUGUGAUCGGCAGUGAAAUAGCUUGCGAGCGAGCUCACCUGGAGUUCUCGGAGGGUACGGCCAGAGCGCCCGUGCGCCAGAGCGCCCUGGGAGAGCUUGCUCGCAGGCUGGCAGUGAUAUGAAUUAAUUUACCCACCAAGUUUAAAAUUACACGACUCCGUUCUAACCGCCCAAUAAGGUGGCGUCCUUAAAAUAACCACGUGGUAUGACCCAGAACCAAUAGAAAGAGGGCUAUGUACGAAGGAUUCGCUUUCUUAGCUCAUUCUCUCUUAGCAUGAAUAAAUGUGCCCAAUUACAUUAAAUGGUUCUCCUCUACCAAGAGUACUGCGCUGAUGAGGUGUCCAAAGUAAGCAUGGAUAUCCACUUCACCAAACGAACUGGAAAACUCUUGAGUGACAUUUUGCGUAGUCGCUUUGUUCUCUUUUUGGCGAAAUUCCCAGACACCAUUUGUCGUCUCUUUCAAUGUGCUUCAUUUUACAGGACAUAAUUGGUCCAAGGUUUAGACUUUCAGUACCGGAAAUCAAAGAGCCGCUGCCCCCUCCAAAGACCUGCCCUGUUCAGUUUUCUGACGCUGACAAGACCACAGUGCCCUGUAUUCUCUUCACUGGAGUCCUGAGUGUUGUGAUUCACGCUCUAAUCUGAUUAAAGCGAUAUAAAGAGAAUAAAGAGGACGUUCACUUUCUUUUUC